AUGAUAUACCACCCUGACUUCUUUCCUCCACCGCCUCAUCUAAUUUAUCUCUCCAACACCCUCCGUCUAUCUCUAAACCCUCCGCCCACCGCCUCUAACCCUCCAUCUCUCUCUAAAAUACGCUCCGCCUUCCAAACCAGCUUCCAUCACCACGUUGUCGAUUGCGAUGGAGGGAGAAGGAAGAAGAGAUGUAAAAGGACCUACUGGUUGGUUCAGAUUUUCACUGCUCAGUCGUUCGAUGUUCGACUUGGGAUGAGAAAGAGCAGUUCUGGAAGACAUAAUCAAAAAAAAAAAAUGACUAACAGAUUGGGAGAGAUUGACAGAAUCAACCGAUGGUGAUUCAGAGUUUGAUGAAACAGAGAGCAACCCAGUCGCUAAUGUGAAGAUCAUCUACCAAUUUGACUUAUCAGAGGAAAUGUCGACAGUACACAGCGUGUCUAUGUGUGUUCGUGGAUUUGUAUGCCGUCUCCGCCAGCCUGCUUACCGAUUUGAAUGGAUGGUUCUUUUCACAGGUUGAAUCAAAUAUUUGAACUUUUUGACAUUUUUUUUUCUAUUUAAAAAUUGUACAUUAAAAAUCUAUCCAACUGUAGCAAUUGUUUCUCUGAGAUCAGUUAGUAUAAUCAUUUGAGUACAUGUUUCCUCUGACCGCUAAACAACCCUUGACAGAGAAAGAAACGAACAGACGCAGAUAUAUGCUUGGAAAUUUGAGAACAAAGGUAACACAGAUGGCCACCACAUUGAACAUGUCAAACGUUAGUUCCAUAUCUCUUGCUUUAGGGUUUUAAUUUCUUUUGAAUGGCUAAUGGAAAUUGUUAGAUUGAAGUUUUUUUAGUUAUGUUGAUUGAUAGCCUGAACAGGGGGACCUAAUACAUAAUUUUUUUCGUUUUGUAAUUAUUAAAUGAAGUAAUGUUGGCGUUUAUUUAAUUCAAUGAGAUUAAUGACAUGAAUCAAUAACUAAAAUAGUAUGUUCAAUGCCAACUCUUUUGGAAGAAAAUAAGAGGGUCAGUUAGAAAUAUGUGAUUAACAAGUUAUGAAGAUCAGGUACCGGAGAUCCGAGACACGACAAAACAAUGAGAUAGAAAAGGUUUUAUGUUACUUUAACUUUUAUAUAACUGGUGGCAUGCUGUUUGAUUCUAAACACCCAAACAUUUAUCUCUUUUACUUUGCUUUGUUUAGUUCUCAGGUGAUGUUAGUUAGACUUCAGGAAUAUACCAUAAGCAGGGAAGGUGUUUUCGAUGGCUAAAUCAGCUUGAAUUACAUUUCCAGUUAGGAUUUAUUGGUUACAUUAUUUUCAUUGUAUGUUCUACUUUUGUUUUGAUGUUUCUAGAUUCAACAGAUUGUCAAAAUCUGGGUUAGUGGUUGAAAGAAAGGGGUGAAGAACAAAAUAUUUGGAGUUGGAAAGAUUCUCACAGUUUCUUCACUAAGAAGGCCAAUGAAGCAAAUAUAUAAAGUUAGGAUUUUGCAUUGGGUAGAGUAGUUAUAGAAUUAUGGUGUUCAAGUAUUACCAAACAAAAGGGACUUGCUCAUUCUAUCUGUUAAUUUUGUCUUAGUUUAAUAAGAAAAUAGGGAAUCGUUUUAUACAUGAUUGCAAUUAAACUAUUUUGCUUUUAAUUUUAGGCAACUUGAUAUGAUUUGAUCUCCUUUUGAUUUCAUUUAAUAGGAAUUAUUAGGUAUACGAUUUAUAGAUGUGAGAGUUUUACUUUUUUUUUUUCUAUGUAUAGGCUUGAAUUGUAAUUAAAUGGGUAAUAACUUGGUUCGGUAGGUAAUCCAUUCUCCCACUUUCUCAUAUUCUUAUUUCAUUUUUAUUGCUAAGUUUUCAACUUUUCAUAUAUGAUCCAGUUUGAUCUUUAUGCUGAUAUGCUCAAAGGUCGGCGUUUAAAAUUGGUUUGUUGCAACAAAAAUGGUGGGUGAGCAACUGAAUUGUGUGCUUAACAGCUAUAAGAUGUCAAUGAAGUUGUUCAGUAAGAGGUACAUGAAGAUGAGAAGUUGGAAAUAACAAAACAAAUUGAAGAUGUUGUAUGAUAUGGAAUGUAAUGGUUGGAAUUAGUUAUUCCAUUGAGCCUAUUUAUUUCUUUUUAUUGUAAAAGAUGAUUACUACUUUAUAGACUUGGAAUACCAGACAAUGUCAAUAGUUUUA